UCACAGAUUCGACCCAACCCACAAUCUUUUCGCUUCUAGAACGAGGCAAACCAAGGAUUCAUUUCCUCUCCACUCAAUCCCCAAUCUUCAUAUCAAUUUAGACCGACUUAUGUCAGUAGAUUCUUCCUACAAUUACCAUUCUUAUACCUCGAUCCAAGCCAAAUCCUACUUAGUAUGCAAUGCUAUUCACAAGCUGGACAAUAGACCAGGGCAAAAAUCUACUAAUACAACGCAACCCUACACCACAUUCCCAUUCCACAUUCACUCGAUUUCUAUAACUCUCUAAUCACAAGCUCGACCUUUUCAAUCAUUCAUUCUGUUCUUGGUAUGCAUCAAAUUAAAUACAAGAAUAGGGAUUCAUCACUUCCUACUUCUCGACUCUCUCCAACAACAUGUCAGCUACGUCACCCCCACCCCGAUCUCGAUUCUCACCAACUCCGGUUGAAGAGACGGUGAAGAAAGUAAGAAAGUUCGCCAUUGAACCUGUCGAGACGACAACAAGAAGUAAUAAGAAGGAAAAUGUAGAGGUUGUCGAGGAUACAACUGCAACCAACGACUUGGCCGUUGCUGCCCCGCCAAAAAGACGUUUCCUGCCUCAACCCGUUGAAACCACACAGAAGUCAAGCAAAGCGAGGGUACCCAACCCUCUGCCAACCCCAGAGGCUACACCCGAGCUCAAAUCACAAGCUCCAGCUACUGCAGAUUCACCGGCUCCUCGAAGGAGGUUCACACCGCAGUUAAUAGAAACGUCACAGAGGUUCAAGAGAUCAAAUACUCCGGGCCCCGCUACUUUACCCAUCGAUAAGACUGAUAUAACGCCUGUAUGUUCUGCGACUUUUCCUUCCCAAUGGAUAGUUUCUAACGUUUCCUAGGGUACAAAUCACAUUUACGUAGACAGAAAACGAAAAUAUAUACGACCCAUACCAUUUCCUUUAGCACCCGAGAAUACUCCAGUUUCGUCAUCUACAGAUGUACACUCUCAAAUUCCAUCUUUUCCUCCACGUCGACAACCCUCCAUGCGACCUCACCUUAAUACUAGACAGACCACGCGAUCAAAUUCUUAUCAACCAGAGUUGGACCCUAUAGAGUCAGAUGAGGAUUCGGAUGAGGAGCAUGAUGGCGAGUCUACUCCAUCAUUAUCUGGUUCAUUAGGAUCUUCCGAAGAUUCUAUGCUAAGAAUGCAAAUGGCACGAACACGAGAAAGUUGUGAUGAGCGAUUUUCGGGUUAUCUCCUGGCACUAGCUGCCAAAGCUGCCGAGAAACAACUCAUGGAACAAGCAUUGGCGGCAUUUCCCAACGAGUCUGCAUACGAAAUUGUAGAACAUUUCUACGAUAGGGAGAUUGAUACAGCUUCAGAGGAAGAUUCUGUAGAAGGUGUGGGCAUGUUAGUGGAUGAUGCACAUAUUCAGGAGUUACGAAGAAAUUCUACUGAGGUUGGGUGGGCAGCAAAAGAAAUGCAGCAUCAUCAAGAGAAUCUGAAUCGGUUGAGAGAAGAGGAGGCCAAUAAGAGAGUAGCUGAGGAAGCCACAGCCCCAACAUUUAAAGAUCCAUUUUGGACAAAUGGAAUGACGGAUAAAAACCAGCCGAGCGGUACUCCUCAAGAUAAACAGAAAGAAGCUGAAUUGGCUCGAAUGCGCAACGCGGCAUCUCCUCCAAUGCUUGGUGGUGAAUUAACAUUUCGCAUGUGUCCGUCACCCAAGGCGACAAAAUUCGAAUCCGAUCAAAGACAUGACGUACAGCUGCAUCGAGUCGAAGAUGGUGGAGGAUUAUGGGGCGGGUACUGCGUUGCCGAAGAAAGUGAGCAAUAUCUCUCCCCAGAUAUUGUCAAAAGACCGCAGAUGAUUGCGACCCCACAUAUUGAAAUGGAUGAUCCGUUUUCUUCCGCAUUUUCAAACGCCGUACCAGACGCUCCUGCCAAAUCGUCGGAAAAAAGCAAGGGUGGUCUUCAGAUGCUAAGUGGACUGGACGAUAGGUUAAAAGCCGAGGUUGCAAGGUCCAAAGCUGAAGAUAGGUUGUUGGAAGAAUUUGACGAUACGUUCGUCACGCAAGUUUAUAAUUACCUUUCCCUUGGAUAUCCAUCUUUAGCUCGGCAAUACGACGAAGAACUUGCAAAGAUUUCUAAAAUUUCUGAAGAUGAGCUGCGAGUAGAUGACAAAAGUCAAAAUAUUAAAGGUCAUAUCGGAUUGGUGGCCGUUGAUGGCCAUGUAGAAGAGAAGACUGGAAAAUCUAUCAACGGCGAGAGAUGCGAAGGUGGUUAUGGCGCAAGAUGGAAAGCUUUACGAAUAUAUAUCUUAGAAUGGGCUCGUCAACAUCCAUCAAUGUCGAAUGGUGCCGCAUCACCGAGUGCAUGGGGCGUACGAGCCAGAAGAGGAAGUUGGGCUAUAUGAUUUAAUUUUUCAUUUCUUUCGAAUAAUGGUAUAUGAAUUAUAUGUGUUGUCAUUCGCUAGCGAAGUGUAUCGCAAAGUUAUACACAAGUAUAAAGUUGGGCAAGGCGUUACUGUAUAGGAGAAUGCUUUCGAUUUUGUUUUGUUUUAGUUAUAUUUAUGAGAUAAACGACGGCCGGGAUAUCUCUAUAUCGUGAGAAAGGGCUAUGGAAAAGGAACAUUCAUUGUUAUUAAAUUUUGGGGACUAUCGAGGCGAAAAGCUUUUUUCGUUUCUCCUUGGUCGCUUCAUUUGUACAUUCAAUUCGUUCAAUUCGUGGGGAUGGCUGUAGUAGAUGAAGGGGUUAGUUGAGCGAGGUUGGGAAAUGAGGAAUAAAUUAGGAAAAGUGGGAGAUUUGAAAGAUAUACAUAU